AGGAACCCGAAAAGGCGACAUAGUAAAAAGUCAAAACCUCGGCCCGAAGAUCCUCCAGACGACGUUGCUAUGGGUGAUGCGGAUCAGGUCCCGGAAGUGGUUUCAGGACCUGACGAUAUAGCGUUCGUCGAACCACCACCCCGAGAACGACGCCUUAAACGUUCCAACACUGUGCCAAAGAAAGAGGGUCUCAUGGGAUUUUUCCAAUCCGUUAAACAAAAAGCGACCCGUCAGGAAGUGCCAGAACGGCGCAAGUCCCGUCAUUACCAUCGCGAUGAGGACAAGUACGCGACGGAUCCUGAACGGGAUGAUCGACGCCGGCGGCGGGACGACAGAAGGAGACGCCAUGCAAGAGAAGACACUGAUGCCGAGGGUUUCGCAACUGAAGGUGUUCCUGGAGAAUUCCCAGAUCCGGAGGAGGAAGAAGCGGAGGCUAGGCGAGCGGCUCGCAGAGCACGUCGUGCUUCGCGCUACGGGGCUCCCGACGAUAUGGAAGUUCGCGACGCUGAUGAUAGACGGGCUAGGCGAAAGGAAAAAGAAAGAACUGCUCGUGACUCUCACGAAAGACAACAUCGAGAAGAGGAGGAAGAGGAAGAAAGACGUCGAGAGGAGAAGAGAGCUCGUCGAGCUGCGCGCGAGGAGCGUCGAGUCCACCGACGCGAACGACGGCGCAUGAAGGACGAGAAGAUGACAAGUGGAAUGUCCAGAUUUCCUCCCGAGGAGUACCAAUACCACACUGAACCCGAACCUCAACCUCGCCAUCACCGUCUCGUGCUCCAGAGGCCCCUAAUGACCCGCCGCCAAUGAUGACCGGAGGGAAAAGAGAAAAGAUAUCCUCCUGGGUCCAUUCCCAAGCCGAUGAUCCACCGGAGCCGCCGCCGGUUGUACCGACAUUAGUCGACAUUCCACCUCCUCCAGACGAGACACUGAACACGCACUCGAUCUCGUCAGACGAGGAAGCACGCCGUGACUUGCGUCGGCGGGCACGAAGACGCGCGCGGCAUCCAGAUCAUGAGAUCGAAGAGAGGCGCCCGAGGAGACGCGAUGACCCUCUCCCCGAACCUGAACGAAAGAGUAGCUCUGGAAGUG